CUGGAAAACGAAACCGUGAACUCGGAGUUUCCCGAGAAAGCCUUGUUAGCCGGAAAGCAGCCGCACUCAGGGCAGUGUGUAAAGGAUCUGCAGCGGGGACGGUAUGUGACAGUUUGGAGCACAGCUUGAAGCGACGCGACACACAGCUACCGUACAGCCGUCACUGUACUGAUUUCUGCACCCAGGAAACGCUCUGACUUUAACGCUCUGAAGUCAACGCUCACCUGCACCGACUGAAACGUCAUCACUGAAGAAAUGGCUCAUUCGAAACCGCUGCUCAUCCCGUGGCUGCGGGAACAAAUUAACAGCAACAAAUAUCCUGGUGUCCAGUGGACAAACCCAGAGCAAACAAAGUUCUGCAUCCCGUGGAAACACGCUUUGAGACAGGACUCCUCUGACACUGACAUUCUCAUCUUUAAGGCCUGGGCGGAGGUGAGCGGCAGUGGCCGGGCUAAUGGAGACCCCUCAGUCUGGAAGAGGAACUUCCGCAGCGCCCUACGAGCUAAAGGCUUCAAAAUGCUGGAUGACAAGAAGAAUGACGCUGCUAACCCCCAUAAAGUCUUUCAGUGGCCGGACGAGUCAGCGUCAAAAGCUAACUCGUGUGCUGGAUCCCAGGAACAAGAUGGGGCUGAUUUGCUUGCAGGUCUGGGCAUUUCCAUUCAAGAGUCCCAGGGCGUCCACUAUUUAGAAGGAUGUCUCCUCCUUCCAGAAGACGCUGUGUUUUCGGAAUCUGCUGCCAGCCCGGAUAUUCUCCAGGAGUGUCUCAGAGGAAUGAACAUCGGCCCUGAAGCAGAGGGCACCGCAGGCUUUGAGCCUCCUCCCGAGCAACAACAGCUGCAGAAUCAGGUUGCGAUUGGUGGACACCCGUUGCCUGGGCAACAGCAGUAUCCAGUAAUGUAUGAGGGUGCAGUUACUGAAGCUGGGUUGCCUGAGCAACCAGCACAUCCAAUUGGGGGAGCUGAGGGAGGGGCCUAUGAUGAGCAGUUGGCGGCACAGUUCCUACAGACAAUGCAAAAGACCAGAGAUGGAGAUAAUUUCAGGACGCAAUUCAAGAUAUCUGUGUACUACAGAGGGGUGAAGGUUUUGGAGCAGAUGGUUGAGAAUGAGGCUGGAGUGCGCUUGGUCUACAGGACUGAUCUCAAUGGGACAGUUUUGGAUCAUGAUUCAGGCCUCACUAUAGUCUCCCUGCCAAGUCCCGUAGCCAUGGUGGAUCAAAAUCAAGCCAGCCUCACCCAGCGGAUUCUGGACAUGCUGGGUGAUGGCUUGGAAGUUGGCGUGUCGGGCCAAGUGGUCUACAGCCAGCGACGGGGGGAAAGCAAAGCUUUCUGGAGCUUCUGCAAAUUUGACCAGAGCAGACAGCCCCAAGAGAUUUCUAAACUGUAUCCUCAGCCUCUUUACAAGUUCACGGACUUUGUGCGAGGAAUAUUGGGCUUCAUUGAGGGGAACGCUAAAGAGUGCGCUCCCUGCUCCUUGUUCUUCUGUAUUGGGGAAAAGUGGCCUGACCCACAAUGCAGGCCUUGGGAGAAAAAACUCAUCACAGUGGAGGUGUGCCUGUCUUCGAUGGAGUUACUCAAGAACAUGGCUGUUGAAAACGGCGCCUCCUCCCUGAAGUCUGUGGAGCUGCAGAUGUCCCUGGAGGAGAUGAUGGAGUACUGAAUAUUUGGAAGCGGUGGCUGUUUUACUAAUUUGAGAUUUUUAAUCUUGGCGUCUUAAAACAUCUCAGUUAUGUUUGUGAAUAAUGUUUAAUAAUGACACUGGUGCUGUGUUGGCUUGUACUUCACCCGGGAUCAAAUGGUCUAACUUAUACUGUAUGGAGAAUAAGAGUGCACUGAUUUCUAUCUUAGGAUUUUAAAACAAGUCACAGGGACAUGAUCAGGGUGACAAGAGACAUGACUUUCACUCAUUUAACAUUUUGUGCCCUCCUCCUCUUUUUAAGCUUCACUUUUCCUCUUCUAAACUGAGUCUUAAUGGCAGUCAAAGUGAAACACCACCCAUAAGCUGCUAGUCUUCCUGCUCAUGAACUUAUUUGUUAUAAUAAUCGGGCAAAUGCCGUGAAAUUAAUGUGUUAAGAGGCGAACAAGUGCAACCUGGUAACAAACCCCCUGCUAAAGUGUAAUACAACAAAGUGAAAAUGGCAUUAGUGCCUUGAAUACAACAGAGCCACAGUUAAAAAUAAAUAUACAAGCUGAUUUUAGCAGUGCAGAUGUGGCCAGAGCAUCUGGAGCUUUUUUGACAUUUUUAGCUUAAUAUGAGGAACAUACACCUCAGCAGAUGUCAUGUGCUACGACACAUCAGCGUGCUGUGCAGAUAAUCACACUGUUCGAUACCGCAGAUUAAUCGAAUUGAAAACUUUAUUGAAACAUUAAUGGGUAGUAUUCUUCUGCUGAAUCUACUACAUGAUCAAAAUGGCCUUUUCACCAUUGUGAUCUCACAUGUGACUGUAUUGCUGCUCUAUGUUGCCAGUCUGAGUCAAAAGAAGAAGAAGUGUGAAAUUACCUUUGUUUUUUUUGUCUAGUUUUUUUUUUUUUUAAAUAUCCUUUCUUGAAUUUAUUCUCUCUCAGUAUGACUCUGUUUGGUCGAGAACUACAUCCCUCUGUCUUUUCACACCAUCCACACAGACACAACACAUCUUUUCCACUGAUGACCUGUACAAGUGAAAUGUUUACAAAGUAAUAUCGAUAAACUGAACAAACUGAUGAACAGAAAUCAG